UGGCAAUAUGAUGGACCGUGUUAAUGAAUUAUGCAGGAAGUUCUUAUGCAAAUGAGAACAUUUGUGCAUGAUGACAUCGCGCUGUUGGUGACAUUUAUAUUUGAAGAAGCAUAUGAGUGCAAGCUCUAGAAGGAUUUGAUGCACAAUGGAUCAUGUUUUCAAUUGACUGCCAUGAGAUUUUCUGACAAAACUGGAUCAUAGCUGCCAUCCACACCUGAGCAAGCUCGUCCAAACAAGGAAAAUGGCCGCUAACCUAGAGGUUCCCAAUGGCUGCAGAGAGGAGCUUGUCCUCUCUGAAAUCAGGGGGUAGCUUGAGUCAGCUCAGAGGAACAAACCGGUUCAACAACUCCCUGUUUGUGAGCAGCCAGCGUCAGCUUUUAGAAGGUUACAAGAUCGAGGGUGGUGAAGUAAAGAGGAACAACCCUGACCCCUUAGUGUAUACCAGACGCUGUGGUAGAAGGCAGGAGAACAAUAACAGUAAAGAGAGCGUCAGUGUGGAGGGGGACUCACCUCGAAGUGAUGUAAGUGCCCAGAGUGAUGUUAGUGAAGAGAUCGUUCAGGUUGCUCAUGAAAUUGUGAAAGUUACUGGCAAUAUUAUUAAUUCUGAUAGUGAAACUGUUGGGAUCUCUAGUUGUAAAUCACUGAGAGGAAAUUAUAACCAACAUAUUGUCAGUGAUGAUGAGAAAUUUCUAGAAAAGACAGUAGAUGUUACAUGUGCAAGAAAGGAUGCUUCAAAGGUUGCAGUGAUUGCAAAAUGUAGGACAAAUGUUGCCCAGUCGUACCUUAGGUCUCAGCAGAUAAGUUUAUUGAAUAAUAGACCCCGUUCCACAGAUGGCAGUCACGUAAGGGUAGCAUCUCCUCAUAUAUUACAAAGACAUCCUCUCAGAAAUAGGCCAUCAUCAGCGGGAAAUAGGUCAGAGAAACCACCUCAGAUAGCAUAUGAUAGUACAUCCCCAAGAGACAGUGAAGACUCACUUAAAUUGUCCCUGCAUGGACUGAACAGUUCUGAUGAUUCAGAAGACAUUGAGGAAGAACAAGAUGAGGUUUGCAGUCCCAGAAAGUCAGCUGCAGGUAUCAAGAGUAUAAAAGAACAGUUUGAAAAAGCAAAUUCAUUUGAAGCCAAGUCAAGUCUUUUAAAAAGGCCUGACAGUGAUACAAGUCUUCUGAGAUCUUCAGGAUCAGUUGAGAGAAAAGUACCUGUAAUAAAGCAGAGCUUGACACUCAAAACAUUUUCAAAUGAAAGUUUAUCAGGAGGUAUUGAAGACUCAAGCAUUAAAAGCCCUCUCAAAAGGACAUCGUCUGGUAGAAAGUUACCUAUUCCAAAUUCUAAACCUUUGCGAACCAUAAAGAAAGUAGAGUCAGAGAGUUUCCUUUCUAUAAGCAAAGAUGGCAGUACAGAAUAUGUAGCAUUGGAUCUUACAAAGGCAAUAGUUGUAGAUGGUAACAGUGCUGCAGAAACAAAUACUUUGGACAAAAGCAUGCCAUCCACAGAUUCAGAAAUGAAUACUUCCGAUAGAAGUGUAAAAGAGUUGGAAUCAGGUAAAAAAUCAAGUUUAAGGAAUGGUGAACAUGAUCAAGUAUUACAAGCAGCAAAGGCAAGCAAACCUCCUUUGGAAAAGAAAAAUAGUAGGAGUAAUAAUCCAGGAGCAGUUCCUCCCUCCCCUAGAGGGUCCAAUCCCUCGCCAAGAAAGGUCAUAGCAGCAUCUCCAAGGGCUGGUGCCUCACCCAGAAAAGCUGGGUCCCCUCGUGUUUCUAGUUCUCCAAGGGCUCGGCAGCCAUCCCCGCGGGGGGCUUCUAGUCCAGCAAACAGAGCCUCCCCACGGGAAAGUGGGGCUAGGACACCCAGGGGAGUCUCAAAUGCUGAUAAACACCCUAGUAAAGAAAACUUUAAGUCACCUGAAAGUACUGAUCUUGUGAAAGCUAAAAGACCAGUUACACAUACUCAAAGUGAUAGUGCAGUGACAGUGACAAAUGGACUUACUUCUGGCGAGUUGGAUGUCAAGCGAAAACGGACCCAUAGUGGGAGCAGUCUGGUUUCUCCCAGACCAGGGUCUCCAUUGAAAGCAAAGCCUUUACUGGUGUCGGAGACUGGUUUGCAGGCCAGUAAAAUAGAGGAAGAACCCUUGAAGCCAACAUGUGUGGGUCAGGAAAGUUGUCAACAGAUGGACUUAUCACAGAUUAUUUCAACAUUUGUUACUAGUUCUGGGGAAGAUCAGGCGAGGUCUGAGACAGAGGUGCAGUCAGAAAAGACGUGGCUGGACGCAGAGAGGGUGUGGCUAGUACACAAGGGCGGGUUCGCGUCCGCCAGUCAGCUCAAGGGGGAGGGGCUAGGCCUGCCAGAGGGGAGGGUCAAGAUUCGCCUCGAUCACGGAGGAGAGGUGUUGGAAGUGGAUGAAGAUGAUGUGGAGAAGGCCAACCCACCGCAGCUGGACCGGGCGGAGGACCUAUGCCUGCUGCGCUAUCUCAACGAGUCCAGCGCCCUGCACACACUGCGUCAGAGGUACGGAGGGAACCUGAUACACAGCUACGCCGGGCCCUCCCUUGUCAUCAUCAACCCAAUGCAGCCACUGCAGAUUUACUCAGAGAAGGUGAUCCAGAUGUUCAAGGGCUGCAAGCAGGAGGACAUGCCCCCACAUAUCUUUGCCUCGGCCCAGAUUGCAUACCGGGAGAUGUUAAACACGCGCCAGGACCAGUCCAUUGUCCUUAUGGGCCGCAGCGGCAGUGGCAAGUCCUACAACGCCCACCAUAUCCUGCACUACCUUGCCACCAGCGCUGGAGCAGUCAAUAAUAUACUGACAGUGGACAAAUUGAAUGCCAUGACAAUGCUGCUUGAAGCAUUUGGCAACAGUCGCACCAUUCUCAACACCAGUGCCAGUAGGUUCUCCCAGAUGACCACUUUAGACUUCGACCACAACGGACAAAUUGUCUCUGCAUCUGUACAAGUAUUACUAUUUGAGAAGACGAGGGUGGUACGUCGCCCAGAAGGGGAGCCUACUUUCCACGUGUUCUACCAACUGCUGGCAGGAGUGGACGCUAAGCUAAGAGCGGAGCUUCAACUGAAUAAUCUAUCAGACCCAAAUAUGUUCAUGACACCAUUACAGAAAGCUGAGGACAAACAGCGUGCCAUGACAUACUGGGCCAAGAUCUACAGUGCCAUGGAGUCACUGAGCAUGACAGAGGAUGAGAUCAGCUCUAUAUGCUCUGUUCUGGCUGCCAUCUACCAUCUAGGGGUGGCAGGCGCAUCUAAAGGUAACAACAACAAGGGUCAGUUCACGCGCCCAGCAGGUGCCCAGCGCGCAGCUUCACUCCUCGGUAUUUCAGUGGAGGAGCUGGCGCGCAAUAUCUUCUCCCCAUCAGGUUCUGCCACGUUGUCCCGUACAGCAUCCGUACGGAACAGUCCCGCAGACAAGAAUGCUGAGGCUCACACGACUGCUAUGGAAGCACUCGAGGGAUUCGUAAUCGGACUGUAUUCUGAUGUCUUCAAUGCUAUCGUAUCACUUAUAAACAGAUCACUCUCUUCCAACUACCGUUCCAUGGCCUCUAUCACGGUAGUGGACACCCCGGGCUUUCAGAACCCAGCAACAUGCGGGCGACAGACGGGUGCAAGCUUUGAGGACCUGUGUAACAACUACACACAGGAGAAGCUGCAGCUGCUAUUUCAUGACCUUGUGUUCACCACACCACAGGACAGAUACAGUCAGGAGAACAUAGAUUGUGACUUUGAGUUUGUGACCUCAUCGCCGGCAGCCAUGGUGUCCUUGAUAGAGAAGCCAUCCCAGCAGACCUUGGUGCGAACUUCAAACCCUGAAGUGCGAGAGGCAGAAAAGAAAGGUUUGCUAUGGAUACUGGAUGAGGAGGCAAUAUUCCCUGGUGCAACUGAGGACUCCUUCAUGGACAGAUUCUUUAGUUACCAUGGCGAACAGAAAGUCAAACGUGACAGUUUACUACGCAAGGCAUCAUCGCUUGGCAACACAUUCAUCUUGAACCACUUCCAGGGCACCAACCCUGUGCAGUACAAUGCCAGUGGCUGGCUGAAGGUGUGCAGGGAGAACCCCAUCACCAAGGUGGCCACCCAGGUGCUCCAGGACUCAAAGAAGUCUAACAUAAAAGACUUGUUCAACAAUGUGAAGGCCCCUGUGGGAGGGCUGGUCAGUGGCUCCAUUGUGGGUAUGGAAGGCUCCAACACCCUCAGGCGUGUGGGAAGCAUGAGGCGCACAUUCAUGUCCGGAACCGCAGGGCUCAAAAAGAGGUCAAUGUGUCUGCAAGUCAAGUUUCAAGUGGACACCAUCAUUGAAACAGUUCGUAAGACCAAGUGUCACUUCAUUCACUGCCUGCUUCCGCAAGCCAACUCAGGCCUGUGCGAGCUGCGCAGUGCAGCAGACAUGACCCCAGAGCGCCCAGAUGACAUCCUCAUCAAUGUGCCCCUGGUGAGGGGACAGUUUAGGGGUAGCGAGAUUCUGGAGUCAAUCAGAAUACAUAGACAAGGUUUCCCUGACCACAUGCUGUUUGGAGAGUUUGUUCAGAAGUUUGAGGGCCUGGUGCCGCCCCAUGUGCAGCCAACCAAGGACAUGCCAGAGAAAACGGCGGUGCUCCAGAUAAUAGAGAACCUGGAUAUUGACAAACUGAACUACAGGAUUGGACUGAGCAAGGUGUUUUUCCGAGCUGGAGCUCUGAACAGACUCGAGUCUUCCCGUGACGAUCGUGUGACAGGACGUAUCACUGCCUUCCAGGCCUACUGCAGGGGGUACAUUGCCAGGAAACGCCUUGAGAAAAGAAGGGUUCAGCACGUGGCAAUCAGCUGCAUACAGAAGAACGUGCGCAAGUUCUACCAGAUCCGAGACUGGGACUGGUGGAAGCUGUACGUGAAGGUGAAGCCCCUGCUCAACGUGCACCGUACCGAGGAGGAACUGCACGAGAAGGAGCUUGAACUCGAGACCAUGAAGACCAAGCUAGAGAAGAUCGAGCGAGAGAGGAGCGAUUACAAGCUACAGAUGGACCGCCUAGAAAACAGGGUUGCUGAGUUAACGGCGGACCUUGCGGAGGAGAACACAACGGCCACCCAGGCCUCGGAGAUGCUUGAGUCUGAGUCUGCAGAACGCAUGAGGCUUGAGAAGGAUCUCAAGGACCUACAGGGUCGUUACAAUGCUUUGAAGCGUAACCAUGACAAACUGGAGAUGGAGAUGUCACAGAUGCGACUGUGGCAGGCUGAGACACAGGAUGGGGAGAUGGAGGAAGAGGAGGUUGAUGGUGGCAUCUACAAGGAGAGGUAUGAGCGUAUCCGCAAGGAGCUCACAUUCACUAGUAAGAAGAUGCAACAAGACCAUGCAGAGGAGCUUGACCAGGAGCACACUGCUAAGAAGGCGAUAGAGAAGAGGCUUCACGAGGCCCUAGAGGAUGCAGACGACGUGCGCAGGCAGCUGACCUCCGCCAAGAAGAAGUCACAGAAACUGGUGUCUGAGAUGCAGGACUCAAAACUGCACUUAGAGGAGCAGAUGUCUCGCAACAACGACCUCGAGAGGAAACAGAGGAAGUUUGAUACAGAGUUAAGCAAAGCUACAGAGGAAGUGAGGGCCGAGAAACUCCUGAAGGAGAAACUGCAGAGAGAACGAGACACACUGGCUUCUGAUAAGUACUCACUGGAGAAACAAAUUGAGAGAUUAAAAAGUGACCUAGAGUCAGCGGAGGGCAAGAAUGAUAGACUGCAGAAGGAGAUAUCAGAGUCCAUGACCUCCACAGGAGUCAAAGACGAUCACGAUGUUGCAGCCUUGAAACGUGCCAAGGCUGACCUUGAGGCCAAGGUCAUUGACCAGGAGGAGGAGCUAGAUGACCAGGCUGGACAGAUACAGCAGCUCGAGCAGACGAAGGUCCGCCUGGAGAUGAACCUGGAGAAGGCGAGGCAGCAGAGCCUGAAGGAGGCCGAGGAGAAGGACCAGGAAAUGGAGGACCUGCGCUUCUCCACGCAGAAGAAGUUGAAGCAGAUGGAGAGCCAGAUUGAGGAGGAGUAUGAGGAGCGCAAAAUGCUGCUGCAGAAGAACAGGGACCUGGAGCAGAGGCUGGGGGAGGUGCAAGGACAGGCAGUCAACAGGGACAAAGAUGCAGAGAAGCGUUUGCGGCGUGACUUGAGGAGAACGAAGGCUCUUCUGAAAGAUGCAGAGGUGGUGCUCCAAAAACAGAAGACGGGAGAGGGCUCCAAGAAUCAAGUGAGGCAGCUCAGGAACCAGCUGGAGGACCUGGAGUUUUCGUCAGCUGCAGCCAUCAAGGCCAAGAAGACGAUGGAGCUGGAGUUGGCCGACCUGCAGCAACAGCUGGACGAUGUCUUCAAGUCUAAGCAAGAGACUGAGAACAAGUCUAUGGCGUUGCUACGGGAGAAGACAGAGCUGCAGUCCCAGCUGGAGGAGAAUGAGGAGGACAUGGCGGACAUCUUGAAGAAGUACAAGGCUGUGGUACAGCAGCAGUCCCUCGACCAGAUCACCCUCAACGACCGUCUGCAACAGAUUGAGGAACUGGUCACCGAGAGGGACAAACUCAAGUCUGAGGUGAACGACCUGAAGUCUCGAGUGCAGACUUUUGAGGAGAACAGCGUAGACAAGACUGCAGUACAGAGACUCGAGAACAAGAUUAGAGACCUCGAAACCAAACUAGAGCUGGAGACCACCAACAAACACAGGCUGGAGGUUCAGUUGGGUCGCACUAAGGAGCAAUGUGAGCGUGUGACAGAGGAGAAGGAGCAGCUGAACACAGCCAAGGCACAGGCUGAGGAGAACAUCAAGCGGGUGCAGCGACAGCUUCGUGACCUCCGGGACGAGUUCUCAGACGUACAGAAACGAGAGAUGGAAAUGGCACACAAGUAUAAAGAGAAUGAGAACAAAGUUGCUGAACUGGAGUCCGAUUUUGAGCAAAACCAGUCUGACCUAAAGUUGGCGUUUAAGAGAAUAUCUGACCUACAGGCAGCCCUGGAAGAGGGCAUUGACACGGAUUUUUCAGACAGCGAGAUAGACGACAACUCUGAUUCAGAUGUUGAGUCACAUUUAUCCAAUAAUAAACGCUCACCUCUCAUCAGUCGUCAGCGAAGUUACGACAGUGAAACCAGGUCACGAUUAACGUCAUCGUCUAGUUUUUUGACCGAUACCCUCUCUAGUCCAAGAUUAACCAAUCAUUUUGACCAUAGUGAGAUUUGACAGUAAUCUUGUGCUAGGAGUCGUUUUUCCUAUGUUUUAUUAUUCCGGGAACGUGCAACUAAGACAACCACUGAACGCAAUGACUGACCCCUAAACAGGGGCCUGGAAAGCUACUUGACAACAUCUGAGAGACCUUUUAUGGGAUGGUUCUGAAUUGCUGUAUAAGUUAUAAUGUAUACUCUCUGUGCAGGGGUGGCCUUACGUUGUUGUUCAGGCAGGCCUUGUUGUAUUGGGUACCUUGUUGUAUUUGGUUUGCAUCAAAAUUUCUUGAUGAAAUUGGGAAUAGUGUUAUUUCAGUCAAAUAAAAUGUCAGUUGUUGACAAGCGUUGGUUAAAUUAUCAAUUCAUAGAAUCUUAACAGUUUACUGCUUGGCUGUUACGCAAAUAUAAAAUACAUUUUUUUAUAACACACAUGAAGUGUAACAAGUAGCAUAAUCUUAAGAAAUUGUCAUGUAUUCUGUAUUAGUAAUAUUGUUUUGUUUGAAGACUUAUCAAAAGGUGAUGUUUGUAUUUCAUAGAUUUCUAUUUUGCUUCAACACACAUUUUGUAUGAAGCAAAUAUGUAUGCAGACAUGAAUUUAUUAUUUGUCAAAAUCUUGAAAACAUAUUCAGUAAAAAAUGUGUAUUUGUCCGAGUAAAAAUUGGAACUUUAACAAGUUGUACAUUUAACAUCGUUUGUGUACUAACUGCCUCAUUUAGUGUUUUUCCCAGGAGGGCAAAUGGGCAUGGCGCAUUACUUUCAAAAAGGGCAUUUUAGCGCGCAGUUUAGGCAAAAAAGGGCAAAAACGUUCCCUGAAUACCUGAAUUACGGGGAAACAUUAAACACAUCAGAAGCAGCUGUGGAAAAAAUAACAUAAAAAAGCACAUUUAAUGGUAAAAGAUGUAUUUAACUUACUAUGAUUUAUAUUAAUAUAUUUACCUUGCAAUGUACAUUUAAGUUCCAUGCUGUUUCAAUAAACUGUACAGCACGACAAACAUAAUAAAGCAAUAUAUGAUAUGAAUCUGAUUAUACACAGAUCCACUAACAUAUAAAUGAAACCAUAUUUGUCUUAUCCCAUGUUCUAACAAUAAUCUCGACAGAUGUUUAAAAUAAAAUUGCGAGUAAAUUGAUCGCUUACAAUAUGCGAAAACUCAUUUCCGUGACAUACAUCCACCUAGUAGAUUACAAAUAAAUAGAUAAUGUUGUUGCUAUCUAAAACAUGUUUAUGCAUCGUUGAUUAUCACAGACAUUUCAUUAAUUCCUUCUUAAUGUAUAAUCUCCAUCGUUAAUUCGAUCGUUUACGACUUUAUUUGCCAUUUUUGACGAGUCACAAUUUAAUUCUGUAUAGUCCGCCAUGUUGAUGAAAUGUCAAAUGAUGUAAGCGACAGGUGCGCAUAGCAACGUUAAAUCGUAUACGCGAUUCGCAUUUGUGAAAUUGGUAUACGUCUCAGUAAUUAUUUCAAUAAUUAGAUCUAAUUAUCUUAAAGACGAAAACGAUAAAGUUUGUGAAUUUAAAUGUAAUUAUGCGUAAAAAAAUAUAUGUUUUGAUAUAGAUCUAACUGAAUAAUGCAUGCAAAGCACAAUUGUCACGAGAAUAACAUCGAGUUUUUCAUCAAAAGUCUCCGAAGAAAUGAUUAUAUCGUGGAGGAGUACACAUUGCCGAGCGAAAAGUGCGCUUGGUAUAACACAGCCUCCGGCAUUAUCGAUUGAUACUGACACGGGGUUAUUCACGCAUGACUAAUUCACAGCUUUGGAGCAGUCAGUAAGACCUACCUAUAAAUCGAGCACUGUUAUAGAUUAAAUCUGCUCAAUUAAAUAUAGUCGAUUAGACGUUGACGUCUCUCGAGUAAAUCAAGCACAGUCGGAGCGUCACAGACAAUCAAGGAAGCUGAUUUUGCAGACCAAGUUAGAUCGUAAGGCAAUAAAGAUGUUAUCAAUAAGGGCCCGUGGCGAAAUUUGCCUUUGAAAAAAAGGGCGCGUGGCGAAAUUUGCCUUUGAAAAGGGCAGCGUGGCGAUCCGGGAGGGCGGCGUGGCUUUUCGCCACGCUAAAAUGGCCUGGGAAAAACACUACAGGCUCAUUUCUCUUUUCAAUGACAGAGAGACAGAAUCUUGUAUUUUAUGCAGAUUGGAAGCUGUGAUAUACGUGUCCUUUAUGUUAUUAUAUACCUUAUUUCUACUUACUGGUACUCAUCUUUUAAUGAUAUUUUUUUUUUGUUUUGGGACAAGUAAAUAUUGUCGGAUCUGCUUUUCAUGACAUUCAAUUUUUCUGUCAAAUAAUCAGGCAAGUCUGAUAUUUUCAAAGUUUUUACUGGUUGGGAAUAUCUAUGGUGUAUUAUUACAGGUAUUUUCAAUGUGCAUUUAUUUAAAAAAUAUUGUCUUUAGAUGUUUUAAAGGUUUCAACUGUCUAAGAUGGUCAGAAAUUAUUCAUGCCAAAAAAGUAUGUUGGAUCCUGUUAAUCCCACAUCUUCCAUCAAGGCUGAACGUGUGUACCAUUUUUGUUUGUUAACGUUAUGUAUUCAAUAAAUUUAAUCAGUUUUGUAAUCCAUAUUUUGUUUUGUAUGUGUCAGGCUAAGAGCCUUAGAAUAACUAAAUGAUAAUUCUUGCAAAUAUCAGUAGUAGAUCCCAAUCCCUUUCAUGGCUUAACAUGUUAAAGGGUUAUUAUAUCGAUUGUUAAACUUUGUUAAUUAUAAUAAAGGAAGAUUGUGUAAACAUAUUCUUGUUUGAAUCUGCUUUGAUUUGUGUUCAUUUUUAUAUUAAACGUAUUAAAAUUAGUUAAACAAGAACAAAUUUGGCUGGUAUUUGUUAUGUUAACAAUGCUAUUAAUUGAUCUUUAUCCAUAUCAAAUUUAGCCUUAGCAAUUAAAUAUAUAUUAUGUGUGUUGCUAUACAUGUAUGUUGCUUUAAGUGUGAUUAGAUGCAUGCAUUUUUAACAAAUGAGUGCUUUCUGCUAUGUACAUAGGACUAUGUAUAAACAUAACCACAAUUUCAUCAAUAUUCAAAUAUAAACUUGUUUAACAAAUACCUAAAUAUUGUAAUAAAGGACUCAAACAAAA